UGGCUUGUGUGGCGGUAGGUCAAUGACGUCACCAGUCUCCCAUUCGUUAUAAUCUGAGGCAUCACGUUUAGUUGUCAGACAACGGUCAAGUGUCACAUCUUUGUCGUAAAUUAGUCGGCAUUGCCACACGUAUAAACACGUUAGUAUUACUUGUGGCAGUUGGUAGCCGACAUGGACCACAUUAAAGAUGGAUGGUUUACGGAAAAAUGCACGUUAUGGCCCGGACAAGCAAUGAGCCUCCAAGUGGAGGAGGUCCUCUACAACAAGAAAUCCAAAUUUCAAGAUGUUAUGGUUUUCAAGAGUAAGACCUAUGGGAAUGUCUUGGUGCUGGAUGGAGUGAUCCAGUGCACCGAGAGGGAUGAGUUUGCCUAUCAAGAGAUGAUUGCCAACCUUCCCCUGUGCAGCCACCCUUCCCCUAAGAAGGUGCUGAUUAUUGGUGGCGGAGAUGGCGGUGUGCUAAGGGAAGUGGUAAAGAAUCCGCUGGUGGAGUCGGUGGUUCUGUGUGAGAUAGAUGAGGAUGUCAUUAAUGUAUCCAAGAAGUUCCUCCCAGGGAUGGCCAAAGGGUUUUUCAGUCCCAAGCUCACCCUUCAUAUUGGAGACGGUUUUGAAUUCAUGAAGCAGAACCAGGAUGCCUUUGACGUCAUUAUAACGGAUUCCUCAGACCCUGUUGGACCUGCUGAGAGUUUGUUCAAGGAGUCUUACUAUCAACUAAUGAAGGCAGCAUUGAAAAACACAGGAAUUCUUUGUUCCCAAGGAGAGUGUCAAUGGCUCCAUUUGGAGCUAAUAAAGGACAUGCGAAUCUUCUGCAAGACCCUAUUCCCUGUGGUGGAAUAUGCCUACAGCACCAUCCCAACUUAUCCUAGUGGCCAAAUUGGAUUCAUGCUCUGCAGUAAAAAUCCUGAAACAAAUUUCAAGGAACCAGUGAAAGCACUGUCUGAAGAAGAAAUGGGAAAUAUGAACCUUAAAUAUUACAACCCUGAAAUUCACAAAGCAUCAUUCGUCCUCCCUGAGUUUGCCAGAAAGGUACUCAACGAAGCAUGACCUGCCCAACAGGCCACCACGUCAGUCCUCUGCCUUGUCCUCAGACCACAAAUAAACAACGCUGUUGGACGGCUUCUUCACCUCCUCAUCACAGUUCAGUACCACUGAAGAGAGCAGCCUUCUAAUGAUUUUAAUUAUCAAUUUUGGGAACUUGGUUGAAUUAUACAGAGAAAGUGUUUGUAAUCGUCCCACUGUUUCCUUUCUUCCAGUCUUACAUGCUCUCUGUGUUUAUUUAUUUUUCUGAUGUAUUUGAGUUUUAAUUCUUACUCUGUAAUUGUCUUAUCAGCAUUUUGUUAAGCUCAGUUUAGUUUUACUAUGGGAAGAGCAUUGCCAUCAAACCUGACCUCACUCUGAAACCGUACUGUUUAUUGUUUAUUGAAUUUAUCACAUCCAGACAUUAUGCAAUAUGUUACAUAACACACAGACUAUGUAUAUGUGAUGUAUUGCUGUACUUUUAUUUUUGAUGUUUAGUUUGUCCUCAUAGGAAAAUACAUUGUUGCCAUCUGUCAUGACUGUAAAUUCAGAAUAAUAAUGUGUCCUCUACACAUGAACCCUUUAGUGCCUGAAGUUGGUUGUUCCUUGUUGAAAAAGAAAACCUACGUAUAUAUCAUGAUGUACCAGGCGGAUUUUUGUCUCCGAUAAAAGCUUGAGUGUCAGGAGUUGGGAAAUUUGUCUCUUUGAGACCAACUGUUAAAAUUAUAUGAAUGACUUUAAUGUUACAGUGUUAAAAAUAAAAUUGCAUUGCAUUAGAGCUUUGGAACUCAACAAAUGUGAAUUCAUUAUGCAAUUACAGCUUGAAGUGUUGGGUGUUAACGACUGGUAGUGAGCUUACUCUGUGGUAAGCCUGUAUGCUGAGUUAUUACGUCAUACAUUUUAAGUUCCUAUCGGUUGUAAAUCCAGAUUCAGUCUUUGUUGAGGUAUAGUGUCAUACCUGAGCAGCUAAUUUGUGUUUUUAUAAGAACUGUAAUAAAUUGGUAACAUAAAUGGA